AUGUGCUGGGGACUCACAGCCUUCCUCGUUGAAAAGAAUGACCAGGACGAACGCCUUCCCAUCAUUCCCCUGCUCCCGGACAACCAGGGAAAUAUUUGCUCCCCCCUCGACAGCAAGUCUAGAAAGAUGCUUUCGGCGGCCAUUCUCAUGGAGCUUAUGCUCCUGUUGCACCGCAACCGCUGCACUGGCUGCACCCUUGCGCCCUCUCACGUGAAGCGGGAUAUCAACCAAUGGGCUGACGAGCUUACGCACCCGGACUGCCACGCCUUCGCUCCGGAUCGUCGUCUCUGUGUCAGUCGCCUGCUGAGAGGCCGAGAGUUCCCCCACUGGCUCAUUACGAUGCGGAACUUUUCUCGCCAGGCACAUCAGUGCCACACCGUUAUCGGCUGGGAUUUCACGGAAGCACCUGAGGCUUUGGGAGCCUUUGACCCGACUCGCUCCGGGGACCCUCUCGGAUCGUUAGCACGGGCUGCCCGGUUAGACGAAGAGUUCCAGAACCGCCAGCUGACAAAGUACGCCCAGGAGAUCAUGGUGCACAGGAAGCGCAACGAGUGGGAAGAGGCCAUUGGAAUCGUUCAGAAGAUCCGGGAUGAUGGCAUCAGGCCGACGAUCAAAAUCAUGAACACAGCUCUAAGCUCCUUGCAAUACCCUGGGAAGUGGGAGCUGGUCCUGGACAUGAUGGAACAGAUGCGAGCCGAAGGGUACGAGUUGGAUGUGUGCACUCACACAGUCGCCGUUACCUCCAUGAUCACAGCCGGUGAGCUGGAGAAGGCUUCCGAGCACUUGCAAGUCAUGAAGAAUGAAGGUGUUGAGCCCACAGCGAUGACCUACGGCCGCCUGAUGUAUGGCUUGGAGAAAGCCGACCUGCCAGAGAAAGCGCUGUAUCUGUGGGAUGAAAUGCGGGUCGAGGGCAUCGACCCCGACAGGGUUGGAUUCGAGACUGCAGUGAGGGCCUGCAGCAAGUGUCAAUUUGAUGAAGCGGUCCUCGAGCUGUAUGAUGAGAUGAAGGUUCGUGACAAGAACCCUUCCAGAGAGACCGCACGCAGCGCCACACUGGCUGCCGAGCGGCUGGGCCUUUCGGCGACUGUGAUCGAAGGAGCGACGCCAAUCACGCCCGAGGAGCCAGAGGACGUCGAAGUUCUCGACGCUUUGGGCCGGUGA